AUGGGUAUCAAUCCAAUGAAGUGGAAAACUAGAAGCAUACUAUACACUAGUUUAACACUUCUAAUGUUUUAUGUACUUUUUGUAUAUAAGAAAAAGCAUCAAGUUUUAUUUGAAGGUCUCAUAAAAGAUUCAAAUCCCAUACAUGUGUGGGAAUUCGUGGCAGAUUUUAGCAACAUGAAAAAAUUAAAUCCGACGAUAGAAGAUUUCAAUAUUAUUGCGGAGAGUGGUAAUUACGAUCAUUGGAAAUAUUCAGUCGAGUAUACAGAACAUUUAAGUCAUAUACCAAUUAUUCGAAAUAUAGCGCAUGGACAUUACGCCAUACGCCAAGAUAACAAUGGUUAUUUGAUCACAUCAAAACAUCAUACGUGUUUCUUUUCCAAAUUUGGAUGCUUCGAAUCGAUCUCGCAAUUUAGAUUUGACCGAGAUGGAAUCAACGAUACGAAAUGUAUCGAAACCGUACAAUAUGAAUGUCCAAUCGUAUUUUCACCACUAUGCUAUAGAGAAGUUAUGUAUCAGCGAGAGGAGAUUAUGAAAAGAUUGAAAUUAGAAUUCUCUGUGGCUAAAAUUAAAGACGAUUGA